AGGCGGUAACACAAAAAAGAUACAGCAGCAUAAUGUCGGAUCCGGUUGCGCGUCCUAUGAAGUUCCCGUACACCUUCUCGGCGAAGGUGGCACAGUUCCCGAUUCAGCACUACUUCAAGAACCAGUGGAUCUGGCGCUAUUACUUCAUCGCGUUCGGCGUGUCCAUUCCGCUGUUCUACAAAAUCCACAAGCUAGCUAACUCGCCGGCCAACCAAGCGAAAUGGGCUGAAUCGAAGAGGAAGGAGCACGAGGAACACCAUUAGGCACCGCCUAAAGGUUGUUUCAACAUUCAGCCUUCUAGCAACU